GUUUGGCCAAGAAAGGAAGGCCUGCCUUGUGGCUGCCAGUCCUCCGACCUAGUUACCAACCAGACCUGCUAAAAAAAGGCGAUGCCUACGGGAACAGAGGCCUGACCUGACGCGUGCAUCUCCGGUGAGGCAACAUGGCAGGAGACGUCGCAUUCGCCGGUGCUGGCGAGGCUUCCAUGGAUAAGGAGCACGAGAACGCGUCGUCCGUGGAGGCGCUCUUUGCGGGUGUGCCGCCUCCGCCGUGGUGGAGGCAGGUGACGGUGCGGUCGGUGGUGGCCAGCGUGUUUCUGGGCACCAUGUUCAGCUUCAUGGCCAUGAGGAUGGGGAUGACCAUCGGCCUGGUGCCGUCCUUCAACAUGGCGGCGAGCAUGGUGAGCUUCUUCGUCCUCAACUCGUGGACGCGGCUGCUGGGCCGCUGCGGCGUGCCAACCCCGGCCUUCAACCGCCAGGAGAACGUCGUGGUUCAGACCUGCGUCAUCGCCUGCUGCACGCUAGCGUUCUACGGUGGCUUCGUGAACUUUCUGCCGGCCAUGUCGGAGACGGUGGCCAAAGCAGCCGGCGGGCCAGGCACAGGCAACACCGUGCGCAUGCUGCCUAUCAGCAAGAUCAUCGCCUUCAGCUUCCUCACCGGCUUCAGCAGCUUGUUCAUCACGCUCCCCUUGACCAAGAUCAUGAUCCUGGACUACAAGUUGCUGUACCCAUCCGGUUCAGCGAUCGCCGGACUCGUCAACAGCUUCCACACGCCAAAGGGGGCGGCAGCAGCAAAAUUGCAGGUGGCUGCUCUGCUGAGGUCUCUGGGUGGAAGCUUCAGCUGGGCAGCCUUCCAGUGGCUGUACACGGGAGGCGACGGCUGCGGCUUCCAAGCCUUCCCUCUCUUCGGCCUCGAGGCCUACAAGAAGCGCUUCUACUUCGACUUCUCGCUGAGCCUCGUGGGCAUCGGCAUCAUCUGCCCGUGCAUCGUCAACUUCUCGCUCCUCUUCGGCGCCGUCGUCUCGUCGGGGAUCCUCUGGCCCAUCCUGCAGGCCAAGCAGGGGACAUGGUACACCGACCCCGCGCCGUCCAGCCUGAGAGGGCUCAACGGCUACAAGGUGCCCAUGGGCGUCUCCUUGGUGCUCGGGGACUGCCUCUUCCAGCUCACGGCCGUCAGCAUCAGGACAGCACGCAGCUUCCACCGCCGGAGCCAGGGCGGCCAGUCCCACCUGCAGCUGCAGCAGCAGGAUCCCGCGGCGAGCUUCGACGAGCGGCGCAGGAUCCAGAGCUUCCAGAGCGACCGGAUCUCCACCGGCUUCGCGCUCGCCGGCUACGCCAUCCUGGCAGCCAUCGCCAGCGUCUUCCUCCCCGGCAUGUUCCCGCAGGUCAGGUUCUACCACGUCGCCGUGUGCUACGCCGUGUCGCCCCUCAUGGCCUUCUGCAGCUCCUACGCCUCCGGCCUCACCGACUGGUCUCUCGGCACCAUCUACGGCAAGCUCGCCAUCUUCAUCUUCGGGGCGUGGGUCGGCGAGGCCUCGGGCGGCGCCAUCGCCGGCCUCCUCGCCGGCGGCCUCGUCAUCGUCGUCAUCGGCAACUCCUCGGAGCUCAUGCACGACUUCAAGUCGGCCUACCUGACGCUCACCUCGCCGCUGGCCAUGUUCGCCAGCCAGGUCAUCGGGACCGCGCUCGGCUGCGUCAUCAACCCGCUCCUCUACCUCGCCUUCCAGAAGAUGGCCGGCAAGGAGCACCUGGGAGCACCGGGAUCGCCCUACCCGGUGCCCAUAGCCAUGGCCUACCGCGGCAUCGCCGACAUAAGCGUGGAGGGGAUCAGCUCGCUCCCCAAGCACUCCGUCAUGCUCUGCAUACCUUGCUUCUGCGCGGCGCUCCUCGUCGACGGCCUGGCAGCCGCCGCCGCCGCCAACAAGUGGAGGAUCCACGGCUACAUCCCAAACAUCAUGGCCACGACCAUCCCCUUCUUUGUUGGACCAACCUUCACCAUAGACAUGUGCCUGGGGAGCCUCAUACUCAUCUUGUGGAGGAGAGCGGACAAGCAGUCUGCAAACAUGCUCUCCAUUGUGGUGGCGUCUGGUCUGAUCUGUGGAGAUGGGCUCUGGACGCUGCCAUCCUCGCUCCUCGCCAUGUUCAAAGUCCAGCCACCUAUCUGCAUGAAGUUCCUCACCGCCUACCAGAACGAGGAAAUGCAGCGGCAUUUCGUCCCCAACUUGACAGCUUCACAAUGAAUGUAAAUUAGAUUAUGUUGUCCGACAAGGAAAAAGAAUCACAAGUUGAGUUGAGUUGAGUUGGUUUCCAAAGAUAACUCCAAAUGGGGGA